CAUAAUAAACUCACGUGACCAAGGCGAUAUCAUUGCCGCAAAAAAAUUCUUAACUGAGCAUAAAAUAUUAUUUCGAAUUUCUCCAAAAGACAUCUUCAAAUUUAAUGGAAUAAAAUAUAAAGACUGUGCAGGAGGUAUAGAUCUACCUCUUGCCUUUUUAAAAACUCGCUUAAUGCUCGAUGAUAUUAUUCACGUUGGUGUAAAGCUGGCUAACGCAUACCAUCCAAAAACAAACGAAUACAAAGAUUAUGAGAAACUCAUCAAACAUACUUCUCAAUGACGCUCGUGUAUGUAACUUUGAACCUGAUUUAGUCAAAGACGUACCCAAUAAUGCAGUCGGAAGUCCAGAAAUCUCAAAAGACAUUGCUGCCUCAAAUAAAAAAGAAGAAAAUAAUUCUGAAGGUGAUAAAAAACAUUUAGCUUUCAUCAGGAGUUUCUUUAACUGUUUGGCGCCUAUUAUUUCCAUAUUUAAACCAAAAUCAAAAGUUGCAAAUGAUCUAUGGGAAAUACCAUUUGAAGAAAUUUGUGAACUGCAGUGGAUUGCAUCUGGUGCUCAGGGAGCUGUGUUUUUAGGUAAAUGGAGAGGUGAAGAUGUUGCUAUAAAGAAGGUACGAACUCAAAGAGAUACAGAUAUCAAACAUUUGAAAGAGUUGGAUCAUUGUAACAUCGUUAAGUUUAGGGGUGUUUGUUCUAUAUCCCCAUCUUACUGUUUGGUUAUGGAAUUUUGUCCUUACGGUCAACUAUACGAUGCGAUUCGCAGCGGGAAAGAAAUCACACCAACCUUACUGGUGAACUGGGCACGACAGAUAGCUGAAGGAAUGUCGUAUUUGCACAUUCAUAAAAUAAUACAUCGAGACUUAAAAUCACCAAAUGUACUUAUUUCUCAAAACGAAACGCUAAAAAUAACAGAUUUCGGUACAUGGAAACCACUGGCUGAAAAAAGCGCGAAAAUGACAUUCACUGGAACAGUGGCAUGGAUGGCACCGGAAGUUAUCCGAAAUGAACCGUGCUCAGAGAAAGUGGAUGUUUGGUCUUAUGGAGUAUUGAUAUGGGAACUGUUGACUGAAGAAGUCCCUUACAAAGGCGUUGAUUAUUCUGCUUUAAUUUGGGGCGUUGGAAACAAUAGCUUGAAGUUACCGGUACCUGCCAGUUGCCCUGAAGGAUUCAAAUUACUGCUAAGCUUGUGUUGGAAUAGUAAAGCCAAAAACCGCCCCACAUUUCGACAAAUAUUAAUGCAUAUCACUAUAGCUGCUUCAGAUGUCUUAAACAUUCCGAAGAAGAAGUAUCUUAGCCAACAAGUUGGAUGGAAGAAAGAAGUCGACGAUUAUUUUGAUUGGUUGAAAGCUCAAGGAUCACAAUUGACGCUAGAUGGCGAUUUGAUUAAAAAGAGGCAGGAAGAAAUAUUACAAGUUCGUCUUGUUCGAGAACAAUAUGAAGAACGACUCCUUCGGGCAAAUGAACUUUACAAAGAACUCAACGAAUGCAUGAGACAAGUUCGCAAAAGGGAACGCGAACUAAAAAAGAAAGAGUUAAAUAUGAAAUUUUACGAUAAAACAGACCAAUUGCUGAUGUCGAGAGAACUCGAAUAUUGCAGAAGAUCAGUUGAAACUUUGCCACAAAUUUCAGACCUAAAAAAUUGUGUUAAUUCAUAUGAAGAAACAUUUUCGUUAAAAAAUCGAACUAAAGACCACCACAGAAGAAAACAAGUACAUAAACACUGCGGGAGAGAGCACCAUAAACACUGCGGGAGAGAGUAUAAUAAAUACAAACAUAAAUACAAGAAAGCCUCUUUUCCGUCAACUAAACAGCGUUCAAAUUCUACAAUUAGUACCCAGUCCGCCGAUGCAAUAUUGGAAGAAUCUUACAGAUACGUAGAAGAAAUGGGUGGGGAAAAUUAUACAGACAAUUCAUUUCAAACUCAACACAGCAUAAGAAAAAGUCCUAGUCUGGAUAGUGUUUUAAUUUUUAGAGAUAAAGAUGGUAGUGUAUGUGAUGAAGAGUGCAGUUUUGAGCAAACAGAAAACGGACAUGACCUAGAGUGGGAUCUACACGAGGAAAAUUUAGAUAGAGUAAGGGAUGUUGGAGGAAAAUAAUCGCCUUUCAUGGUCUGCUCUGUUAAGAAGGAAUAAAAAAAACACUUGUUUCUAGGUCUUUAAUUUGUUCAAGGCAAAAUUUUCAUAACUUUGCAAACAACAACAACAACAACAAUAACAUAUUUCUAUGUUUCUUAUUAACAACUAGAUUACUACUAUGAAUAAACUUUAGUUGUUAUCAGGGUGGGACGUACCAUGAUAAAAUCUCUUAAGAUAAUGUUAAAAAAAGUUAGAUCAUCCUUCCCUUUGAGAAGUAUGUAAGUGGGGUUAUAUGUGGUAAGGUACUAUUUACACUAGCCAGGAUGAAUAUAAAACUCCCGAUAAUUUAAAAUUAGUAUUUUUGUAUGUUCUUUCUUUUUCCCUUUUUUUGUGUUAUAUGUUCAAAUAUAUCUAUUUUUUUUCUCUGUGUUUAAGGUUAUGUACAUACGUAGCUGUAAGAAAGUACUGUUGUAUUUAUUUAUUUAUUUAUGUUUUUAUAAAAAUAUUUUUAUUGCUAAAAA